AGCAAAGAAAACCUUUAUUAAACACCACUCAUCUUCUUGCCCAUAAUUUUUUUGAAAUCUGAGAAUAACCCUAAAAUCUUUUACAGUCCAAAACCUCACAAAAAAGCCAUUGGGGGCCCUUUUGGGCUUUGGCUACUGAGGUUUGAUGCCAUCGCAUUUGCACCUACGCAGCCCCCCCUUUCCCUAUAUUCUCCUCUCUUCCACCAUUUUUUGUUGUGGUCUCCUCAUGACCACGUUCACCCAUGACGCAACACAUCAACACUUCUCCAUUUUCUUCUGAUCAAUCCGACACCAUCUUCAUGAACUCUUCACACUGUUAUCCUCACAUUCACUGCUCGAAAUGGUAAAGCCCCUCAAACCCAUAUUUCUCUAUUCCUUAAAUCCGCAUCGAAGGAGCAAGUUCAGGGGUUAUACUUAUCUGGGUCGUCUUCAAUUUUCAUCAAAACCCGAUCUUUUUGAUCAAUCUGAGUCCAUACAAACAGAAGAAAAUAAGAGGCUUUUGUUUAUUGUUUCUAAGGUAUCGGAUAUUUUGUCUAAUCCACGGCUGCAAUGGCAGACAAAUGGAGAGCUUCAGUCAUUGAGCUCCAUAUUAAGACCCACACACGUGGCAAAAAUCGUUGAGAUACAUGAAAAUACUGAAGUAGCUUUGCAGUUUUUUUACUGGGUUUCUAAGAGGCAUUUUUACAAACAUGAUAGGAACUGCUAUGUUUCCAUGUUGAAUAGGCUUGUUUUUGAUAAGAAGUUUGCUCCUGCUGAUCAUGUGAGGAUCUUGAUGAUCAAAGGUUGUAGAAAUCAGGAGGAAAUGAAAUGGGUUAUUGAGUAUUUAAGUGAACUUAGCAGAAAAGGUCUUGGGUAUACUUUGUAUAGCUUUAAUACUUUGUUGAUUCAAUUGGGUAAGUUUGAGAUGGUUGAGGCAGCUAAGAGUGCUUAUCAAGAAAUCAUGAGCAGUGGAAUGGUGCCGAGUUUAUUAACUUUUAACACUAUGAUAAACAUAUUGUGCAAGAAAGGGAGAGUUGAAGAGGCCAAGAUGAUAAUGAGUCAUAUUUAUCUGCGGGAAUUGAGUCCCGAUGUGUUUACAUAUACAUCUCUGAUUCUGGGGCAUUGUAGGAACAGGGACAUGGAUGCAGCAUUUGUGGUAUUUGAUCGGAUGGUUCAGGAUGGAAUAGAUCCGAAUGCAGCAACUUAUACUACUCUUAUAAAUGGACUUUGUUCGGAGGGGAGAGUCGAUGAGGCUAUGGAUAUGCUUGACGAGAUGAUUGAGAAAGGUAUUGAACCCACUGUGUAUACAUACACAGUUCCAGUUAGUUCCUUGUGUGCAGUUGGACGUGAGAAAGAGGCUGUUGAUCUUGUAGUGAACAUGAGAAAGAGGGGAUGUGAACCAAAUGUCCAGACAUAUACAGCUCUAAUUAGUGGACUGUCUCAAUCUGGAUUCCUUGAAGUGGCAAUUGGAUUGUAUCACGACAUGUUGAGAAAAGGUUUGCUCCCAACUAUGGUUACAUUCAAUAUAUUGAUAACUGAAUUGUGUAGAGCAAAAUAUAUAGACAGAGCUUUUAAUAUUUUCCGUUGGAUUGAAGCACAUGGAUACAAACCCAACACUAUAACUUGCAAUGCACUGAUCCAUGGAUUAUGUUUGGUUGGGAAUAUUGAAAGGGCAAUGGUUUUACUAAGUGAAAUGCUAAAGGUGGGUCCGGCUCCAACAGUGAUUACUUAUAAUACCCUCAUUAAUGGCUACCUUAAACGGGGCUUUCUGGACAAUGCUAUGAGACUGCUGGAUUUGAUGAAGAAUAAUGGAUGUAAAGCUGAUGAAUGGACUUAUGCCGAACUUAUUUCUGGUUUCUGCAAGAGGGGCAAGCUUGAUUUAGCUUCAGCUCUCUUCCAGGAAAUGAUAAAGAAUGGUUUAAGUCCAAACAAGGUAAACUAUACAGCUCUAAUUGAUGGUUUGUCGAAGGAAGAGAAAGUAGAUGAUGCACUUGCAUUACUUAAAAGGAUGGAAGAGAGUGGUUGCAGUCCAGGCAUUGAAACUUACAAUGCUAUCAUAAAUGGUUUGUCCAAAAAAAACAGGCUUUUGGAAGUAAAAAGACUAUGUAAUAAGCUGGCAGAAAGUACACUGCUCCCAAAUGUAAUCACCUACUCAACUUUGAUUAAUGGUCUUUGUAGGAAUGGUGAAACUCAUCUUGCAUUUGAGAUUUUGCAUGAUAUGGAGAGAAGAAAUUGCAUGCCGAACCUGUACACUUACAGUUCGCUAAUCUAUGGCUUAUGUCUUGAAGGUCAGGCUGAUAAAGCAGAGAGCUUACUCGGAGAAAUGGAGAAAAAAGGAUUAGCUCCUGAUUAUGUGACUUAUACUUCACUAAUUGAUGGUUUUGUAGCAUUGGAUAGACUAGAUCAUGCGCUUUUACUUCUUUGCCAGAUGGUUGAUAAGGGUUGUCAACCAAAUUAUAGAACCUUUAGUGUAUUGUUGAAAGGAUUGCAAAAGGAACAUGAGUUGAUUUCAGGGAAGGUCUCCAUCAAGCGUGAAACAGUGUAUAGUAGCACAGCUAUCAAGAAGGAUGUUAGUAUUGAACUGUUAUGUACUCUACUAAAUAGAAUGUCGGAAAUUGGUUUUGAGCCGAAUGAAGGCACAUAUUGCACUUUAAUUCUUGGUCUGUAUAGAGAAGGUAAAACUUAUGAGGCUGACCAGUUGAUUGAACAUAUGAGACAGAAAGGCUUCAGUCCUACUAGUGCAGCAUAUUGCUCUCUUUUAGUUUCUUAUUGCAACAAUUUAAAAGUGGAUGCCGCUUUGGAAAUAUUUGAUUCAUUGAUUCAACAAGGUUUUCAACCUCCUUUGUCAAUUUAUCAAUCACUCAUUUGUGCUCUCUGUAGAAGUAGCCGACUAAAAGAAGUUGAAGUGCUAUUUGAAAACAUGCUUGAGAAAAAAUGGAACAAUGAUGAGAUUGUUUGGACCAUCCUGAUUGAUGGUUUACUCAAGGAGAGAGAAUCCGAAUUGUGCAUGAAGCUUCUUCAUGUCAUGGAAUCCAAGAGCUGCAAUAUUAGUUUCCAGACAUAUGUCAUCUUGGCAAGAAAAUUGUCCAAACUAGAUGGUUAAAUAAUACGAGUCAAAUGAUUUCUUGAGAAUUGAUCUACACCAGAAAGCAGAAAUAAAAGCAGCUGCGUGAUUGCUGGUAAGCUGAGUUGUUGCUGAGCUUCAUGAUGAAGGAACUGACCUUUUGCAGGUCAAGUGCACAAGGCUUGAAGAAGUGAGUCUUGAAUUUUGCAUAUGAACAGUUUGUUCAAAUCAAGUGGAUGUUGUUGGAGAAGCUGGGAAACAUUGGCAGGGCUAAUUUUUUAAUCCUGAAACUGGCAACUUUAGGCAGGGAUGAAAAUUGGUAGUUCAAAUUUCAGGAAAAACUAUUUUUUGUUUUGAACAAAUAUGUCGAAACUGAAGGUAUUGGUAGUUCAAACUUAAGAUAUACAUGUUUGAAGUUUGGUCUUGGCAAGUCAAAUUUUUUGACGCAUAUGUCAGAUGUUUGCUUGCACAAGCAAUACCAAGCUUUAGACAAAUUUGUAAUUUCAAACACAACUUUUUGCAACUUCAGUCUGAAGUGUCCAAACUUAUAAAACUUUAUGAACUUAGGCUGUGGCUUCAAUGGGUAUCCCAAAAUUGGCUAUCUGUGCAAUUGCACCCAAUAAGUUGGAGUGACAACUUUGGGAUUAGAGAUUAAGGUAUGCAUCCCAACAGCGAAUGGAUUCUUCCGAUCUGCCGCCUUGGUGGUCAAAGUUGUCUUGUAUCUGUGCUAGCAUUGGUAGUUAAAAUUAUCUCGUAUUUGUAUUUAUGGGGUGAAGUACGUUCCUUAGAGAAUUAGUUGAGGUGUGCACAAGUUGGCGCCUGGCAGUACAUCGUUGUUACUAUUAAAAGAUAAAUAGCAAAGUUACUUUAAAUUUGUGGAUCAAACGUCUUGCAAGGUAGAAGAUAGGGAAGUCUUUUUUUUUUUUGAGAAUGAUAACUCUUUUUCCUAUUUAUCCAUAUACUACAUCAAAGUAGCCCCCUCCAGAAGUAUUACAACCUAGGCUGACUCCAUCUCUGUUUUUUGUCACAAAUAGUCUAUAACAUCAAAAAGUUCUUCUGCCUGUAUUAAAACUUUCUGUUUACACCAAAAAUAAUAAAGAGCUAUACAAUUCAUCUUAAAAUUCUGCAAAUUGUUCUUCUUGCCCUCAAUACAUCUUUGAUUCCUUUCUUUCCAUACUGUCCACCAUAUACAAGCUGGGACAAUCAUCCAUCUUUCCUCCUUAAUUGUAGUAUUGCCUAUAUUGAUCCAACAAUUUAGGAGUUGUGCUAUGUUUCUUGGUUUCACCCAAGUGAUCUUCCUAAGGCUGCUGAAUAUUCUCCAUAAUUGAUCUGUCCAUUUGCAAUACAGAAAGAGAUGGUUGACUGUCUCUGUCUGUUCCUCACACAAAUAGCAUCUUGAGCAUAGUUGGAACUUCCUCUUCUUUAUAUUUUCUUGUGUUAGCACUGCUUUCUUUGCUAGUAAUCAUGUGAAGCAGUUUACCUUGCAUGGAAUUUUAGGUUUCCAUAUCAUCUGCCAUGGCCAGAGCUCCAUCCUGUCAUUUGAAUUUGAAUGAUUGAAAUCUUUGUAAGCUGACAGUGAAAACCCCUUUGCUGCCGAUCUUCCACGCAACCUUUCUUCUUCCCUAGUCAGAUUACUAAAUUGUGCCAUCGUAUCAUGGAACGCCACUAUGUUCCCCAUCUCCCAAUCAUUUAAAUUCCUCCUAAGAUGUAAGUUCCACCCCUGUCCUGUCCACAUUUCAACCACAGUUGCAUUGUGUUGCAAGCUCAGUGCAUAUAAGUCUGGGAAUAAUUGUUUGAGGGUUUUUUGGGCUAUCCAUCUGUCCUCCCAAAAUGACACCUUCAUUCCAUUACCCACAUGGAAUCUGAUUCUAGAUGAAACAGAGGCCAAAGAUUUCUUAUUGAUCUCCACAUACCACAUUCAUAUGGUGUAGUUACCAUCUUUGUCAUCCACCUAUUCUCCAUCUCAUAUUUUGCCCUAAUCACCUCUCUCCAUAGCAUAUUCUCUCCUGUCAUAAACUUCCAAAGCUAUUUCAGCAUUAGGCUUUUGUUUUGUUUCUUCAUGUUCUUAAUCCUCACUCCCCCCUCUUUCUUGUUUCUUAUGACCUCUUCCCACUUGGCUAGAUGAAACUUCUUCUUGUCUUCAUUUCCCUGCCAAAAAAAAUUUCUUCUCAAAUCAUCUAUCCUAUGUAUGACCUUGUCUGGUGCUGGGAACACAGACAUCAUAUAAGCAUGUAUUACAUCUAGCACACUAUUAACCAUGGUUGAUCUACCUCCCCUAAAUAGAUAUUGGCUCUUUCAGUUGGUUAGCUUCUUUUUGCAUUUUCUAUCACUCCAUUCCAGAUCCCUAUUGAUUUGCUCUUUCCCCCUAACGACAUACCUAGGUAUAUUGUUGGUAGUUCCCCUACCAUACCAUCCUAAACCCCUUCCAGACUCUCCACCUGAGCCACUUCAUUUAUGGAUAAAUGGAACUCUUCCCCUAAUUGAUAUGUAAACCAGAGAUUGCUAAAGAUGAUGAAUAUUACUCUUAGGAUCAACAUUUGCCCCGUCAUUGAUUCACAAAAAAUGAGAGUGUCAUCUGCAUAUUGCACAUGGGUAAUCUCCAAGCCAUUUUGUGCACUGUUGUCCAUCUUAAAGCCCCUUAUCAAACGCUUCAUCUUUGCUAUGUGAAUUAGGUUACUCAAACCUUCCAACUUUUUCAAAAGUUACUCUCUUGCAGCUAUUAGGGGCGUGUACUCCAAUGUCGUCACCCCACAUACAAUCUUUUCAAACUAUAGGGAGGUGAGCUAUUUGUAUUACAGAAGCAUAGUUACUAGUCAAUUUACGAUCUCUAGUUUUCUUUGUUCACAAUGUUCGAGAACGUAGAUCUUUGUCAAAAGAUAGCUUAUUCGAAAGAAUCAUCUCAAAAAUAGGUUCUUGGUUGAUUUGGAUAAGCCUUGCCAACGAAAGACUUGCAAUCGAAAAGAGAAAAUGACUUUUCGCAACAAGUAAUCGAAACAUCUUGAUGUGGAAAAGAACGCGCAGACAUGAGGAAUGUGGUGGGUGAUUUUUAAAAGGAUCGAGAAAUUAAAAUUUUGUCAAUAAACAUCCAACAUAAAUACGCAUGUCAAGGAAGGAUAAGCAAAGUCAAAAAAAGGAAUUUGUUAUGAGGUGAGAAUGUAAUUACUUUAGUUGACAAAUUCUCCCUCACAAUAAAUUCUUUUUUUGACUAUGCUCAUCCUUCCUCGACAUUCAUAUCUUCAUUGGAUGUUUAUUGACAAAAUUUUAAUUUUCUCGACCCUUUUAACAAUCACCCAUCAUAUUACUCAUGUCUGCACCUUCUUCUCCACAUCAAGAUGUUUCGAUUACUUGUUGCGAAAUAUCACUUUCUCUUUCGAGUUGCAAGCCUUUCUCUGGCAAGACUUUAGAAAAAACGUGAAUCCACAAUUGAACCAACUUUUGAGAUGAUUCUUGUGAACAAGCUAUCUUUUGACAAAGAUCUAUAUUCUCAAACUCUGUCAACAAAGAAAAACUAGACCGUGAAAAUUGGUUGGUGUAUAUGCUUCUGUAAUACAAAUAGCUCACCUCCCUACAGUUAGAAAAUAUUUUAUGUGGAGUGACGACAUUGGGGUACACGCCUCUGAUAGCUGCGAGUGUAACUUUUGAAAAGUUGGACCUCGUACUCACUCACCCUUCAAAAGUUCUACCAACCUCAUUCUAAAAACAAUUCUACCAGCCUUAAAUUGAAGAUAGAAAUCAACUUGAUUCUAACUGACAUAUUCCUUCUGGUUGGAAGUAAGAGAAAAACUUAGUAACAUAAUUAAAAGAGGGAUAUCUUUAUUUACUUUUUUUAAAAUGGAAGAAAAUUAAGGAAGGUUGAGCCAGUAGCAAAUCUACUCCAUGACUUACUUGAGGUACUAUGCACAAGCAGAGAAAUUCACCGAGGUUAGAGGUCAUGGAAGUGAGAAGAACAAAACAAAGGAUUUUCACAGCUCUCUCUCUCAUACGUUACUGUGAAGGAUGAGACAGUGUCUUCCUGUACUCCUCCGUAUGAUACCAAGGAUGGGUGAAUGGGUAUGCUUAAAUAUAUGAGUGGUCCAACUUUUCAAAAGUUACACUCUCGCAGGGCGUGUACCCCAAUGUCGUCACCCCACAUACAAUCUUUUCGAACUGUAGGGAGGUGAGCUAUUUGUAUUACAAAAGCAUAGUCACUAGCCAAUUUUUUACGGUCUCUAAUUUUCUUUGUUGACAGAGUUCGAGAACGUAGAUCUCUGUCAAAAGAUAGCUUUUUCGAAAGAAUUAUCUCAAAAAUUAUUUCAAAUGUGGAGUCACCUUUAUUCGUUGAUUUGGAUAAGCCUUGCGAGAGAAAGACUUGCAACCGGAAAGAGAAAGUGACUUUUCGCAACAAGUAAUUGAAACAUCUUGAUGUGGAAAAGAACGCACAGAUACGAGGAAUAUGGUGGAUGAUUGUUAAAAGGAUCGAGAAAUUAAAAUUUUUGUCAAUAAAUAUCUAAUGUUGAUAUGAAUGUCGAGGAAAGAUGAGCAAAGUCAAAAAAGGAAUUUGUUGUGAGGUGAGAAUGCAAUUACUUUAGUUGACAAAUACUCUUUCACAACAAAUUCUUUUUGAGUUUGCUCAUCUUUCCUCGACAUUCAUAUCUUCAUUGGAUGUGUAUUGAUAAAAUUUUAAUUUUCUCGAUCCUUUUAACAAUCACCCACCAUAUUUCUCAUGUCUACACCUUCUUUCCAUAUCAAGAUGUUUCGAUUAUUGUUGCGAAAAAUCACUUUGUCUUUAGGUUUGCAAGCCUUUCUCUGGGCAAGGCUUUAGAAAAAUCCUAGUCAACCAAGAAAGGUGUAUCCACAAUUGAACCAACUUUUGAGAUGACUCUUUCGAACAAGUUGUCUUUUAACAGUGAUCUACAUUCUCAAACUCUGUCAACAAAGAAAAACUAGAGACCGUGAAAAAUUGGCUGGUGACUAUGCUUUUGUAAUACAAAUAGCUCACUUCCCUGCAGUUUGAAAAGAUUGUAUGUGGGGUGACGACAUUGGGUACACGCCCCUGAUAGCUGCGAGAGUGUAACUUUCGAAAAGUUGGACCACUCGUAUAUUUACACAUACCCUCACCCUUCGAAAGUUCUACUAGCCUAAUUCUCAAAAAAAAAAUUUACCAGCCUAAAAUUGAAGUCAGAAAUCAAGUUGACCCUAACAAACAUAUUCCUUCUGUUUGGUACCGUUAGAGAAACUGAGAAAACCUUGGUAACAUAAUAAAAAGAGGGACAUCUUUAUUUACUUUUUUUAAAAUGGAAGAAAACUAAGGAAAGCUGAGCCACUAGCAAAUUUACUCCAUGACUUACUUGAGGUACUAUGCACAAGCAGAGAAUUUCACCGAGGUUAGAGGUCCUGGAAGUGAGAAGAACAGAACAAAGGAUUUUCACAGUUUUCUCUCUCUCUCUCUCUCUCUCUCUCGUAGAUUACUGUGAAGGAUGAGACAGGGCCUUUCUGUACUCCUCAGUAUGGUACCAAGGAUGCAUAUAAAACUUUUUUUUCUUCAUCUGGUUGGAAUAUUGGGGGGGUCAUCUUUACUACCGAGAAUCUGAGGAAGAGGAAUAUCACUCAUUUCGAUUGGUGUUAUAUGGUAGUGGAAAGAUGUGAUCUACUUGUUGUUUCUCUGUCAGUUUCAACAACAAUUGCUGGUCGAAUGGAACCUGUUUGGUACUGAAUAGGUAAUGUCGGCAAUUGUUAAAGACUUGUUUUAACAUCAGGCAGUUAGAAGAAUUAGAGCUUGGACUCCCCGAUUCGGAGCCUGUUUGGUAUUAAAUAGGUAAAGUCAGCAAUUGAAAGGCAUGUUUUUAAGUCGGCCAACUAGAAGGAAGAGAAGAGAAAAACCUUGGGAAGUUGCUUAUCUGUGCUCAUGACAUUUGGAGAGAAAAAUCAGAUUUUUGAAGAGAUUGAAAGUUUGUUUUUAGAUAUCUGAGGAUCACUUUUGUUGUUUCAUAAAAGUUUGGAGUACCUUGGCGGACACUGUUUAUUGUUAGAUGAUUGGAUACUCCUUAUAGGAAGUCUUUUUUUUUCUCUUACGUACUCUGCUUUUCAGUACCGACGGUCUACUGGAAACAACCUCUCGACCACACAAAGGUAGGUAAGGUUUCCGUACAUCCCACCCUCCAACUCAUUUGUGGGAUGAUACUGGGUAUGUUAUUGUUGUACUUUACUUUUCCAUACCACUUUUAUGUAUAGGGUUUUCACAUUUACAUAAAUAAAACUUGAUUUACUUAGAAUUUAUAGAUUUCCACUGGAAAAUUAGUUUUACUGCCGGAAGUGCUAGUGUGGGACAAUCUACUUUGACUCGUUUUAUGAUUUACACACUUCUUAUCAUUUCUACUCCUGUACUAGUGUCCAGUAUUAGUAAUUCAUCAACCUACUUGUAUUAUCCAUAAAGUGCCUAGAAAACUCGAAAUGAAGCGCCUAUAUAUUCAGUGUAAAGCCGUAGAGGUAAAAGAAGGAGAAGAAGGAAUGAGAAGAAUUUGAUAAUCUGAAUAGCUGGAGCACAACUUGCACAUGGCAAAAUUUUGUAGUCUUGCUCUUUUCUUCUCUGAAGCCUUUUGUUCUAGUUAUCUUGUUUUCUUUUUCCAUUUCUCUCCUGGUGCUUCAAAGUUCCUCUUGCUUUGAUUUCCUUAGCUGUAUAUACAUGAAAUUUUGAUGAGAAGAAAUUGAUGUUUUUGGUUUUAGGGGAUGUGAAGGGGAAGGAGAUGGAAAGUUGUUGGCUAGGAGGAAUGAUUAAAAUCCCUUAUACAUUCUCUUGCCUGUCUAUCUAAAUUCUUAUUCUGUAUAUUGCCCAAUUAAAAUGGAAACUAACGUGAAGAUUAAGGAAAGAAACUAGGUAACUUUCUACAUAUAGACAUCUAGGGACCUCUUAACAUUUCUUAAGGGUGCCCCUGUGUGCUCUUAACUGAUCCAAAAACUUGUAGCCGUGUUCAUGAAUGAAAUUGGGGAAAGGAAAAAGAAAUGUCAAGGUAAAACAUGAAAAUGAAUGAUUUUUUUGAAUUUGCACCGUCUAUUUGCUAUGUUGCUCAGACUCUCCAAAAAUGAUGUUGCACUCCUGUCGGAUACUUGAAAAAUGUACUACUUUUUUAUAUAUUAAGUAGGGAGAUCAAAUACUCUCCUCAGUGCAUUGAUAUCUUUUGGUUUUAGGAUGGAAAUUAAUCUGGGUAUACUUUGUUCUU